UCAAUGCCAUGUGCAAUCCGGCAUUGCAGGGCGGCCAGAGGCCAUUUGAUCUUGCCGAUCGAUCGCCAUGUCUGUUUACUGGUCUCAGCCAGAGCACAAGCAGCCUCCGUUGACAGGGCACCGCCCCCCGUCCACGCUGCUAACGAGACGCUGGGCGGGGCUGAGACACAGCACUCGGGCCACUAGCCCACAGCGCCAACCAAGCUCUGAGCCAGUGAGGUCUUCAGCGUGUCUAGUGUCCAGCGCGGCCCUUGCAGUAGCCGCUCCAGCCACCUCGAUUUUUAUAGCAACCAGCCACCCAGAGAGGGCUUCAUCGUCAUCAAAGGGAUCCCUCAUGCCGAAUCCCAAGGGUGGAUGUAGCCUCUUUUCGGAGCUUCUUCCAGCCCUGAAACCUCCCACUUGCAGCUGUGGCGCCAAGCACCACUUGCGUAUGGUCUCCCUUUUUCCUCUUUGUUUCCUGCCCCCAGCCACGGACGCACGCAAAGCACCGCUGCAGCUCCCUGGCAGGCCCGGCUGCAUCAAAGCUGAGCGCUGUGCAGCUCCCUUGGCAGUCGCUAGUAGGUGUUAGCUAGAACAACUUUCCGACUACGGCACAAGCCUCUUCUUUUAAACUUCUGCAUUGCCAUGCGCAUGAGACUAGCACGAGGCUAUUUCCUCUCUUCUCGUCGCCUCUCUCUCUCUUUCUUUUUCUAUUCUGAAUUUCUCUCUGUUGAA